AUGCCCGACGGUAGCAGAUAUGAUUAUCGAAUUGUGAAGAAGAAGAAGAAGAAGAUCCAGGACAAUUUUGACGAUGAAAAGAUUGAUUUCAAACGCUCUGUUUCUUUUAUCUGUCCUCUGCCAUUCGUCUCCUCCACCGUCCGACGUCUUCUCCCUCCUCCACCGUCCGACGUCCUUGUCGGAGUUGGAAUUCCAUCUGAAAUGGAGAUUGAUUCAAAUACUGUUGAGAAUCCUUUAUUAAAUGAGAGUGAAGAAGUUGAGGAACCUAAGAGGGGUAUGUGUUUCACCUCAAAACAAGAAGCGUACACAUUUUAUGCCAAAUAUGCUAAACAUGUUGGGUUUUCUAUAGCUUGUAAAACACAAGUUAUCGGCGAUGAUGGGGAAUUAAGAUACUUUGGGGUUGAAUGUUCUCGAUUGGGGAAGAGAAUUAAAAAAUCAGAAGUAAACCCUUUAAAGCCAUCUCUGUCCACAAAAAUUGAUUGCAAAGCAAGGGUACGAGCAAGCCUACAAAAGGAUGGGAGAUUUAUGUUAACCACAGUUAACCUUGAACAUAAUCAUGACUUGAUCCCCACCGACUCACGCCAUUUUGCAAUGAAUAAGAAAAUCCUUAGUCCUGUGAAGAGAAGAUUAGAAAUUAAUGAUCAAGCAGGGAUUGGGGUGUCUAGGAAUUAUAACUCAAUGGUUGUUGAAGCUGGGGGUUAUGAGUCUUUAACAUUUGAUGAGCGAGAUGCAAGGAAUUACAUUGAGAGAGCUAGAAAAUUGAGGCUUGGAGAAGGAAAUUCCGAUGCACUUCAAAAGUAUUUUUUGAGAAUGCAAGCACAAAAUUCGAGUUUCUAUUAUAUGAUUGAUGUUGAUAUUGACUUUCGCAUAAGAAACUUGUUUUGGGCGGAUGCAAUGAGUCGGGCGGCUUAUGAAGAAUUUGGAGAUGUUGUUUCAUUUGACACAACUUACCUCACUAAUAAAUAUGAUAUGCCAUUUGCUCCGUUUGUAGGAGUUAACCACCAUGGACAGUCGAUUUUGCUUGGUUGUGGUCUAUUAUCUAGUGAAGACACUGAUACAUUUGUUUGGCUAUUCAAAUCAUGGUUAAAUUGCAUGUCAGAUCAUCCUCCAAAAGCUAUAAUAACGGAUCAGUGCAAAGCUAUGCAAAAGGCUAUAGAAAUAGUCUUCCCCAAUACUCGACAUCGAUUGUGUUUAUGGCAUAUCAUGAAGAAGAUUCCAGAGAAGUUGAAAGAGUAUUCCCAAUAUGAAUCCAUGAAGAUGGAUUUGCAAAAUGUAGUCUAUGACACUUUCACAAAAGAUGAAUUUGAGAUGAAAUGGAAAGAGAUGAUUGCAAAAUUCAAUCUUUAUGAGAAUCAGUGGUUGGGGGUGUUAUAUGAUGAGCGACAUCGAUGGGUUCCUGUAGAGAAAGAGAAAAAAGCUGACUUCAAGUCUCGGCACAAAGUCUUUGAUUGCCUAACUGUGUAUGGUUUUGAGAAACAAUUUCAAGAUGCGUACACCAAUGCAAAAUUCAAAGAAGUUCAAGCUGAGAUGAAGAGGCUAGUUUAUUGUCAACCGUUUCUUAUCAAAGAAGAGGGUUCAAUUUGUACAUAUUUUGUGAAGGAAGCCAUGGUAGUUUUUGGGAAGAUGAAACAUGUGGACUUUGUUGUCUAUUCUAAUUCGACAGAAUUUGAUGUGCAAUGUAUGUGCCGGUUGUUUGAAUUUAGGGGCAUCAUGUGUGCUCACUCACUCGUUGUGCUCAUUGCAAGAUGCAUAAAUGAGGUUCCAAAUAAAUACAUUCUACCACGAUGGAGAAAAAAUUUGGAUAGAGGGUACACAUGCAUAAAAGCCACAUACACUGGCUUUGGGGAUGAUUUCAAUGCAAAGGUGUAUGAUAAGAUGAAUAGAAAAUUGAUUGGCAUUGUACAAUUUGCUGGAAACUUUGAAGGGAAAAUAAAACUUAUUGACUGUGGGUUGGAUGAAAUCAAGGCGAAAGUGAUGAAAGAUGAUGAAGGUGGUGGGAGUAAUGUAGCACCUUCGACUAGUAAUGUACCACCUAUUACUAGUAAUGUCUCAUCUUUCCCGAUUGGCAGCAUUAAUGGAAAGGCAAUCAGUCAUACCAAGUUGCUUAGUCCUUUGGUUGCUCGCCGAAAAGGUCGUCCAGUUACUAAAAGAAAGGUCGCCAAAGUAGAUCAAAUAGUCAAUCGGUUAAAGGCAAGCAAAAGAAAACAUAACAAAUCAAAGGGUACUAAGGUGAUUGGAGGUGAAGGUGAAGGUGAAGGUCAAUGUCAAUCUCAACUUGAACGUGGUGCACGUAGAGAGCUUUAUCCUUAUAUGGUUGGCAUGGAAAAUAGUAUAUGUGUGCCGGGACACAUGGUCAAUGCUAUUGGAGGCACAUCUGUCACCCCGGCAAGUGUGGACAUUAUGAGAGGACAAAGUUUCAUGAAUACCCCAACUCAAAUUUAUGGAGUUGGCACAUCUCCGACCCUGUCAGACUGUAUUGGAGGCACACCGGGAUUUAUGACAACUCAACAAUCCAUGAUUGCUACGCAUCAAAUUUAUGGAGCCGUACCGUCUUCAUUUGUUGACUUGAAUGUACAAAUGGACCGCAAUGACCAUGGUGGUAGUUUUCGUUAG